CAUUAUUCAGUUUUAAAUUUCACACAAAGGAUAGUACACUUACAGUAGUUGGACUUGUGGAGCAUCAGAAUACGACGUCGUUUCGUUCUAAACUUCGGCAGUUAUUCUACGCCUUGGUUGGUCCAUCAGAUCUGUUUGGUAACUAGGAAAAUCUUCCGAUAGAAAAGAAAACCAGACCUUGGACUAGAAAUUAGCUUCAGUCUGGAUCAUUUAGUUCAAACGGCAUAGAAAGAAAAUUGAGGUGGAGAUAAAAUGGAUGAUAGUUGCGUUGUUUGUGCGGAAACACUUGAAUGGGUUGCAUAUGGACAGUGUGGCCACCGAGAGGUCUGCUCAACCUGUGUCAUUCGACUCCGUUUUGUCUGUGAAGAUCGAUGCUGCUGCCUCUGCAAGAGCAACUGUGGAGUCAUUUUCGUCACCAAGGCUUUGGGUGAUUAUACAAAGGUGAUAAAGGACUUUACAAAUUUUCCAUCUGAUUCAACGGAGGGUCAAGUUGGAGAGUAUUGGUAUCAUGAAGGAACACAGGCAUAUUUUGACGAUUUUGAUCAUUACAAGAUGAUAAAGGCCAUGUGCCGACUUUCAUGUAGUGUUUGUGAUAAAAUAAAUGAACAAAGGACUCAAGGAUCGAAGAGCACAGGGGAAUUUCAAAAUGUUGAACAGCUGAAAAGUCAUUUGUUUCAUCGACACAAACUGUUCAUGUGCACCUUGUGUUUGGGAAGUAGGAAGGUUUUCAUAUGUGAGCAAAAGUUGUAUACUAAAGCACAACUAAAUCAGCAUACAAGGAGUGGCAACUCCGAGGUUGAUGGCAGUGAAACUGAAAGAGGUGGAUUUAUGGGACAUCCCUUUUGUGAAUUUUGCCAAACUCCUUUUUAUGAAAAAAAUGAACUUUACUCUCAUAUGUCAACCGAACAUUACACUUGCCAUAUAUGCCAAAGGCAGCAGAUUCCAGGAAAUUUUGAUUACUUCAAAAACUACGAUUACCUGGAGAACCAUUUUCGUGAAGCACAUUUCUUGUGUGAGGAUGAGGCUUGCCUAGCAAAAAAAUUUAUUGUUUAUUCAACUGAACCCGAAAUGAAGAGGCAUAAUGCUAAGGAGCAUGGAGGGCGAAUGUCUCGCCGUCAGCGCUUUGCUGCUCUACAGAUUCCAGUGAGCUUUCAGUAUAACCGAAGUAAUGAGCGAGAUCAUCAUGGAAGACACGGUCAUCCCUCGAACUUGGUUAAUCUUGCAACUUCCAAUGCUGCGAGUGUUCGUGAAACUUCAUCCAUUGCUGGAGCAGUUUCCAAUCUUAGAGAAACAAGCGAUUUGGAGUCAGUUGUUGUCCCUUUUGAAUCCUUAACCACGGGUGAUCGCGAGUCAUCUUCCUCUCAUGCUUUAAGACAAAGCUUGAGGAGUGCACCAUUGGAAGAUUCAUCCUUUCCACCACUCCCUGUGGCUCCAAGUAGAGGUCAAAAGAAAAACAAAAAAUCGUCUGCCUCUGCCUCCAAUGCACGUCCUCAGGCUUGGUUGACAGCAGAUUUUCGCCCCAGACCUGGGCUUCCUAGCUCUAACCGGCUAAGGCCUGUCGCAAAUUCUGGGCUUCCAUCAACAUCUAGAUCUCCUAUUAUAAUCCAAAGUGGGUCGACAACAACAAAUUUACGUCCAUCACCAUCUUCUGAAAGCACCAUCUCAGUUAGACUGAUAAAAUCGCAUGAAGUUGCAUCAUCCAGCAUUGCUAGCUCGUCAAGAAAUUCAGUUAACUCCAGUAUGGUCACUGAUUCUGCUUCAACAUGGAAACUUGUAGGCAGCAACAGGUCUUUUGACAACUCUACAUCUAGUUUUCCACCUAUUAAUGUGGCGCAAACUCGUAAAAUACCUACAAGCAGCCAGACAUUGCCAAAGGGAGAAGAUGUUAAUUCUGCCAACAAGUCUCUUGUGGAAAGAAUUCGCAUUGCUUUAGACCAUGAUGAAAAGAACUACGCUGCAUUGAAAGAACUAUCUUCACGGUUUCGACGGGGUUUAGUUAGUACAGAAGAAUAUCUUGCCUUUGUUUGCCAGUUUGGCUUGUCACAUCUUGUUCUUGAAUUAGCUAAACUCUGUCCGGAUCUGGAGAAGCAAAGAGAACUAAUUGAGACAUACAAUUUCAACACAAGGAACUGUGGUUCUAAUGAGAAUAGUACAGUGAAUGGCAGUAGCCGUUUAAAGAACAAGAAAAUUACCAAGAAAGGUAAAGAGAAAUGUGAAGAGAGUGCAAGCAGCACUACUUCAAAGGAAGCCAUUAUAAGCAGUAUGAACAAUUUGGAAUCAAAUCAUAAUGUCUUAUCAAACAAUGGGUUUCAAACGAAUUGUCAUUAUAAUGAGAACGAAUCUAUUCAUUUGAAGAAAACUUCAGAGACCGGUGGUGGAAGCAAGCAACCGAAAAAAACUCCAAAGUUCCUCAGAAACCGACUUGGCAGCGAUGCUGCAGCUAGUUUUGAACAUGGUAGUUCCAAUAAUGAAGGAAAAAUAGAUGACAUUAAGGAUCCACCUGACGUAUUGCCAGUUAGGGGAGUUUGGCAAAAUGGGGGUGGUCGGAAACUUGUCGAAAGUACCCAGAGAGAUCGAAGAAAACGUUAAGUGCAAAACUCAGUAUUGAAGUUUUUCUUCGUUCUGUUAAAAAUACCCACACAAUCUGUGGCAAUGCAUUGGUUAGUUUAUGCAAUGUUAUGGUACUUAAUAUUUACAUUCUCUUUAUGACUUGUACCCAUUGUUGUUAUUUGGUACUCGGUGCCCAACAUUACAUGAAAUAGUAAAUUAGGAAUGUUAAAAGGGAUGAGAUGUAAAAUGGUUUUAAACUUGAAAUUAAGUUAAUAAAUGUCUUUUUUUUACAAAAA